CUCGCUCGCUCUGAGCGCACGGAGAGAAUUCACGCCGGCACGCCGAGACUCGGAGACACCUCUCAGGAGGCAGCCGCGACCACCGCCACCACCACCACCCACCCCCCCGCCCGAGCCCUCUACGCGUGCGAAAUUAAAACACGGCAAGGAACGGAGAGCGACGCAACCUGAGCAAGAGGGAGAGAGAAUAAAAACACAAACACGUCUCGCGUGGAUUUAUUUAUUUAUUUGUGUUCCCUGCUCGCUCCUCCGGCUUUCUUAAUUUCAACUUGCCAUCAAUCUCAAAUCACGGAGCGUCGCGCCGCGGGAUUGUGCGCGCGUCUACUGCUGUUUGCUGCUGCUGCUGUUUGCUACCCGUCUGGAUAUCGAGUUGAGGAUGAAUUUAGCAAGCGAUGCGUUUUUUGUAAGUACUGUAGGCUAUUAGUGUUAUUGAUAUUAAACACGAGUGGACUGUAGCUAAUGCCGGGGAUUACAAUCGGCGCAUCUGCAAUCAUAUCUGCGGGACCCCACCCGCCCCCAACACCACCAGCACCUUAAGUUGCGGGUGUCGUUUUUGUACAUCGUUCUAAAGUUCUGCGAUCCUGCAUCGUCUCGAGAAUCGACAUCGUCUGGCAAGGAGCACGACUCGCAAGGGACUGACUGCAUGCCGCGCUGACAGGCUGCGCGGGUUCCGCGUGCGAUGCGACCAUGCUGGGCACGAGGACAACAAGCGGUUCCUGCCACCGCACCUGGGUCUGGGCGAUUGUGUUGCUCUGCCUCGUUCGAGACUCGCUGCAGGGUGAAUACCAGCGCAAGCUCUACCGCGACCUGCUCAAGAACUACAACCCUCUGGAGCGGCCGGUCGAGAAUGACUCAAUGUCGAUCUCCGUGCAGUUCCAGCUCAUUCUCAUGCAGAUCAUGGACGUGGAUGAGAAGAACCAAGUACUAACCACAAACGUCUGGCUGCAAUUUUUCUGGAAGGAUCAUUACCUCCAUUGGAACUACAGUGAACACCCGGGGGUGAAAAACCUACGCUUUCAACCCCAUCAGAUCUGGACGCCUGACAUCCUGCUGUACAACAGUGCCGACGAGAGAUUUGACGCCACAUUUCACACGAACGUGCUUGUGAACUACACGGGGAACUGCCAGCACCUACCCCCAGGAAUGCUGAAGAGCACGUGCUACAUCGACGUUCGCUGGUUCCCAUUCGACGUGCAGAAGUGUGACCUCAAGUUCGGCUCGUGGACGCACGACGGUUGGCUCAUUGACCUGCAGAUGCUGGAGGCCGACACGUCGGGCUACAUCGCCAACGGGGAGUGGGACCUCGUGGAGAUCCCAGGCAAGAGGAAUGAGCUGUACUACGACUGCUGCCAAGAGCCAUACCCCGACGUGACGUACACGCUGACCAUCCGCCGGCGCACCCUCUACUAUGGCCUCAACCUGCUUGUGCCGUGCGUGCUCAUCUCGGCGCUGUCCCUGCUCGUAUUCCUGCUGCCCGCCGACUCCGGGGAGAAGAUCUCGCUUGGCAUCACCGUGCUGCUGUCGCUGACCGUGUUCAUGCUCCUGGUCGCCGAAAUCAUGCCGGCCACGUCCGACUCCGUUCCACUCAUCGGUCAAUACUUUGCGAGCACAAUGAUUAUUGUGGCCUUCUCAGUGGUGGUCACGGUCAUAGUCUUGCAAUACCAUCACCACAACCCCGACGGAAAGAAGAUGCCACAGUGGGUUCGCGUUAUCCUGCUCGACUGGUGUGCCUGGUUCCUGCGCAUGAAGCAGCCCGGGAGAGAGCGACAUGAGCUCGCCCGCCGCCUUAGCAUCCUGCACCGCAACAGCAUGGUCAGCUUGGACCUCGCUCUCCUGUCGGCUAGCGGCAUACAUAAGAAAACCAACGGACACGGCGUCUUCAUCGGCUUCACAAACCCCGACGCGCCACAGCAGCCGCCCACCAGCGACUCGGGCGUCAUGUGCGGCCGGGAGACCUGCUUCAAUAGCACCGGGCCCGAGGAGGAGCCUGGCAAUGCCCAACGUGGAAUGCCUCCGGACCCCACUGCGGGUAUGAGCAGCGAGAUCACCAAAAUCUUGAUAGAGCUACGCUACAUCGCGGGGCGCUUCCGCACGCAGGAUGAGAACGAGGCGAUCGCGUCGGAGUGGAAGUUUGCUGCCGCCGUGGUGGACCGGCUGUGCCUGCUUGCCUUCACCCUCUUCACUAUCAUCUCCACCAUCUCCAUCCUCAUGUCUGCACCACACUUCACUGAGGCUGUGGCCAAAGACUUCACAUGAGUGGAACGGUCGGUGUAAAGAUACCCCAGACUUGUGAUCUUUUCAUCCAUUUGCUUCAGGUGUUCCCUGUGACAUUGCCAACAUCGCAAGUGAGCUAUUGAAGCUUUAGUAAAAGUUGAUAAUGGUGUAAAAUUACAUUCUACAGACGAAUACAAUUAUUAAUUUAAACAAUGUAACAGCUUUUCCUGCGGUCCUUAUGUAAGCCAUGGUGAUUGUUCUUUAUCCUGGUGAGAGCCCACUCAGAUUGUCUUUUUUCUGAGAGCUGUCUGGAAAAUUGUGAUGAAGAGUCAUUUAAAUAAUUUAAGGCACUUCGCUAUCAGGUAUUCUAACAGUUACAAUAGUCCUCACUUGCGAGUGAUGAUGUCACAGGCUGCAGGUUCCUUCAUUGAAGAUGGUGCGUUUUUGGCAAUUUACCACAGAAAUUACCAUAUGGUUAUGGGAUGUUAACCACCAACUGUGAAAAAUAGGGGAUAGUAGCGAGCACAAUUCCUACAAGGGAUGUCCAGUUGCCAUUUGUACUCUACAGUACAUUUUCAUUUGUAUAUUGUCAUAAAGUAAUAAUGCAUUUCAUCAAAAUAAUAAAACGUUAAUUAUUUCAAAAGCAGCCAAACCGUAAUUCACAGACUGGGAAUGAUAACAGUGUAUGAUAAUGGAAACAUGGCACAAUAAUUCAAUAUCAUGUCCCAUGUGCUUAAUUUACUUGCAAUGUAAUUCAUUUUCCAAGUCAAACUAGUGCCCUGUGUUUUUCUCAAUUUAUCCACAGAGAUUGACAAAACUCUAGUGAUACUGUGAACAUUUUACAGAUAUAAUGCUAUUUCACGUGUGAAAAAAAACAACAUUGGUUUAGCAGUGACAUUAACGGAG